CCCUUAAUUGUGGUGGAGUUUGAGGACAUGAAGCAAUCUAGUUAAUAAAACAGUAUAGCUCUGCAGCCCUUUUGCCACAGCAGUUUGGGUGCAAGCCUCGCAGUCAUUCUAAUUUACAAGUGAUCAUUGUUAGCGCUUCAGACCAGAUCGGGUGAAACAUGCCAUCCUGCUUCAAACUCAGCUCAGCACUGUUGCUGGCAGCGAUGUGUUUUCUCAUCGCAGAAGUUGUUUCCGCAGAGCAAAUGACCACCUGUGACUCGGACAGAUUUGUUGUCCAUCGCCUAAACUGCGAUUAUGGAGUCAUCAAUGUGCAGCAGGCUUUAUACGGUCGUUCAAGCUCGCUGGUGUGCAGUGAUGGCAGACCCCCACAGCAGCUGGCGAAUACGCAGUGCGAAAGGCAAGGCACCACGGACGAGCUCAGCUCAAGGUGCAAUGGCAAAAAAACAUGUGUCGUGAACACAGAUGCUUUCCGCAAUCCUGAUCCCUGUGAUGGCACCUUUAAAUAUUUGCAGACCAAUUUCACCUGCUUGCCUGCAAUUACCGUGGUGGCAUGUGAGGAGUCUUUGGCACAUUUGUUUUGCGAUGUAGGACAAGUUAUUUCCGUCUACGGUGCUGACUAUGGACGCCGCGACCGGACCACGUGCACAUACAAAAGGCCUGAGAGUCAGAUCCAAAAUGUCGACUGCCUGCGCCCAACUGAGCUUGUCGCUAGCAGGUGCAAUGGGGAAAACAGCUGUACGGUUGCAGCCAGGAACAAUGUGUUUGGAGAUCCCUGUGGGGGCACAUACAAGUACUUGGAGGUUGCUUACACAUGUGUCUAUCCUGAGACCGCAAAGACCAGUAGUUCAACUUUGUAUGACUACUCACACAGCAUGGCACUAAGUCCGAAGGAGUGGGAAUCCAUGUUUCACACAGCCCAACUUCGUGCUGCGCUGUUGCUGGCAACAACCUGUUUGCUCAACACAGCAGUUGCUGAUUAUGUGGACCAAGUGACCACUUGUGAUAAUAAUGUGUGGCAAGUCCACCGUUUAUACUGCGAUCGUGGCGUAAUCAAUGUGACUGACUCUUUGUAUGGUCGCUCAAAUUCGCUGGUCUGCGCUGAGGGCAAAUCUAAUAAACGGCUGGCCAACACAACGUGCAGUCAGCAAGGCACCGUGGACAAAGUCAAGACAAGUUGCAAUGGCAAGAAAUCAUGUGAAUUGGGCCUGAGUGGUUUCCGCACUCCUGAUCCCUGUGUUGGCACCUUCAAAUAUUUGCAGACCAACUUUACCUGCCUGGAAGCAAUUACUGUGGUGACUUGUGAGGGGUCCGUGGCACACUUGUAUUGUGGUAUGGGACGCGUUAUUGCUAUCUAUGGGGCAGACUAUGGACGCCGCGACAGGACCACAUGCUCAUACAGAAGGGCUCCUCAUGGGCUAAAAAACAUCACGUGUCUGCAGCCAACUGACCUUGUUGCACAAAUGUGCAACGGGAAAUUUAGCUGUUCUGUCGCAGCCAGCAAUGCAGUGUUCACAGACCCAUGUAUAGGCACCUACAAGUACUUGGAGGUUUCCUACGCCUGUAAAUCUCCUAAGGUGAGUCACCAGGCUGUACUACAAUUUGGUGUGGAUUCCAUUUGAGUGGCUGCCAUUGCAACAUGCUGCACGUUGAACUCUUUGUACUUGUAUUAAUGUGAAAAUAAAACAUUGUUUCAAAAUGA